UCUCUCAUUUAUUCCUUCCUCUCUUCUUUCUUUCUUUCCGUAAUCUUAUUAUUAUUACUCCUCCUCCUUUCCCUUUUUUCCCCCUUCUUCUCAGAUCCUCUACUACUCAAUCAUGGAGUUUUUCCUAGAGAUGCUUCUCACUGCCCUUGUUGCGCUUUUGUUUUCUUUCCUCCUCGCUAAGCUCGUGUCUUUGCCUGUUGCGGCGAACGGCGGUAGCAGAGAAAACGAUCGGACUUCCGAUCACUCUCAGGCGGAGAAGCACGAGAUCGGUGUCGGUGGUGAUACGGAGGAGCUUCGUUUUGGACUGAAAGUAGAUCAUGCUCGAGUGUUCCUCCAGAGCGAGAGGAAUUUCCGAGUUGUUGAUGAGAAUGUGGAACCUGUUGAUCGGUUUGGAAGCGAAGCUGAUCAAGUUGUCGAUGAACUCGAGGAGGUGACUAAAGGCGAAGACUUGGUGGCUUCAAAUCUGGAAGAUGCGUCCUUGGCUGAUCUCUCGCCGGAAAAUGUGGUAGUCGAGGAGAUUAUAGUUCGUGGAGAAGGCAAACAGAGAGACUCAAGUGGUGAAAUCAGUGUUGAACGCGAGGAGUUGAUUGUUCCGACGAAAGAAGAUGGAUCCACCACUUCUGUCUCGCCGGAAAACGUGAUCGCGGAGGAGAUUAUGAUUCGAGGACAAGAGGAAGGAAGCGAAUCGACAGAGAGAAGAAGUGUUUCCGCAGAAAACACAAAAAGUGAGGAGGUUAAGGUCGAAGAGAGUGAUACGGUGGAGGAGAGUGAAGAUAAGAUGGAGCGGAAUACUGAAGAAGAAAGAGAGAAUGAAGAGGAAAUGAGUAUUGAAGAAGAUGAUGAUUGGGAGGGAAUUGAGAAGAGUGAACUGCAGAAUGCCUUUGCGGCUUCUGCAAAAUUCAUGGAAGAAUCCAGAAAAGCUGAAGAAAUUGGUGCGGAAGCUAAGAUGGUGUUGUACGGCCUGCACAAGAUCGCCACUGAAGGGCCAUGCCGAGAGGCACAGCCUAUGGCCGUCAUGGUCUCUGCUCGUGCAAAAUGGAAUGCCUGGCAAAAACUUGGGAACAUGAGUCAAGAGGAGGCAAUGGAGCAGUAUCUUGCACUUGUUUCAAAGCAGAUCCCUGGUUUGAUGAAUACUGGCCAUAAUGUAGGGAAGAAGUCAGAAAAUGAAACCUCUGUUUUCUUACCUCCUAAUUCAGGACCAUUGGAAGAUCCGACAACCUUAGACAUAACUGGUGUUGAAUCCAGCAAAAAUGAAAUAGUUUCAGGGGAAAGCUGAAUCCAGUGUUUAAGACAAUGCUUGAAGAAGGAUCUUUGGGAAAACAAAGGCAAAUCUAUUCUUUUGCAUUAAAAUAUGUUUCUCAAAGAUAAUCAUAAAUGCAGUAAAUAGACCAUUUGGUGCCAACUUGGGUUGUCUAGUGUCCAAUGGUUUAGGCUUUUCAUUCGGUGUUUUUGGGUUGGAGGAUUUGCAGCAAAACAAAAACACUUCAAAUAUUUAUGCGCGUGUGUGCGUGGAUUAGUUGAUUUAUGGUGUGUAGAUAAUGCUAAGACCUAAUGAAUCAAGUAAGGGAACUUAUUUCAUCCUAGUAGUUGCCUUAGUUUGAUUCUAAAUAACA